AUGCUUAAUUUUUGGACAAAAUUAGGGAAAAAUUUUCGGAAAUUAUUUUAGUAGGAUUACAGAAAUAUAUCAUGAUCAACUCGUACUAGACUGGGACUGUAAAUUGUGACUGAAGAUGAAGGCACUAAUGAUUUUGUUGUUUGCCGUAUACUUCCAAACAAUACCUUAUAGCUCCCAAUUAUCGUCUGCAAUUCCAGAAAAUGUCAAUGCAUGCGCACAACCGUCUAAGCAAAGUGAAGAACGGCAUAUGAGUGAAAAGGAACCAACACUAUACGGCAUCGAAAACAGUGACAAUGGCACAAUAUGGAUAGGAAAUAUGUUUGCUAUGUUAAUGAAUACAUUCACGCCAUUUUCAAACGAAUCUCCAAAGUGUACCGAAGAUGGAAAGCUGUAUAAAGAAGGUCUAGUCAAACAAGAACUAUGGGCCAUUCAAAUGUAUGAUUCUUCGGCAAAGUAUCCAAGCGGACUUUUAUCGGGCAUCAAAUACGAACUAGGUCUUUAUGAUCAAUGUAUGAAAGCAUAUUCAGAAAAGUUGAAUAUACACGGCACGUACGUCUUGCCUAAUAUUCAGUUUAGAUUACCUGCUGGCAAUUAUAACGCGUCCGACGUUUGGGACAAAUUGAAAAUUGAUGAAGAUUCUAAACUUCCUCAGACUGACAACAUAUAUUGGGCACUAUGCGUCCCCGACUCUUGUAGUCGCCAAGACAUACAGACAUCAGUUCAAACACUGCUGGAACCUACGUUUCAACGUUAUAACAUAUCGGUCAAUGUUUUUGUUGAUCCUUUGUUGUACACACCAAACAGGGUGUCUAAAUCAGGAAAAUAUGCUGAUGGAUACCUCAUAGCUUUUAGCAUUAUAGUAUUAUUAAUCAUUGCAACGGUCUUAGCAGGGACUUUAUACGAAAUGAAUAUAAUAGACAAUCAAUAUGUUAACAGAAAAAAUAAUGAAAUUAUAAAAACCAUUUUGCAUUCGUUUUCGAUAAGAACGAGUUUGAAUGAUUUACUCGAAGAGCCAAAAAAUCAUAAUAAUAAUGUGACUUUUAUCGAUGGAAUUAAAACAAUUGGGACGUUUUUGGUAGUUGCCACACAUAGAAGAUUGGGAAACUUAAUGACACCAACAGUAAAUCCCGAGCACGUCGAAAGCGUUCUAACAAACAAGAGGUUGAUUUCUUCAACGUUGGCGCUGGAAACAUUUUUUGUCUUUGCGGGGUUCUUUUUUUACAGGACAAUAAAUAACCGAAUGAAAAACAAUAAACAACUGAAUAUUUUCUACUCGGUAUUUAAUCGAGUAUUCAGAUUAUUGCCAGCAUACAUAAUGGUCAUAUGGUUCGUUAAAUCCGUAUUACCUUACUUAGGAGACGGACCUUUUUGGAAUCAGCUUAUGGAUCGUGAAGUUCAAUAUUGCCGUAAAAACUGGUGGACUAACAUUUUAUUUAUUAACACUUACGUCAAUAACCACGAAACGUGUCUUUCCCAUUCUUGGUACGUGCCCGUUGAAGUCCAUUUGUUCAUCGUUGGAGAAAUCAUAACCUAUAUCAUAUGGAAGAGAAGAAAACUGGGCUAUUGGAUUUAUGCUAUUGUGUUUGCAAUGUCCAUUUACUUACCAUCGAGGACCAUUUACAACAAUAAAACGUGGGGACUUUUGUCCAUAUACCCGAGCGAAUUGUUGUCCCGUCGAACCUCUCCUUUCUACACCGAAGUUUAUAUAAAGAGUCAUCAAAGAAGUACAACAUACUUGAUUGGAAUAGCGGCGGCACAUGUAUAUACGAAAAUGAAAAAUAAUGGUGUACAAAUAUCCGUUACGCACAGAAAAUUCGGUUCGUUUUUUUCUGCAAUAAUAAUGUAUUUGUGUCACCUGAUACCGAGUUACUUUUAUUUACCUGGAGUGGAAUACAACCCAUGGCACCAUGUACUAUUCUAUUCGUUAGCAAGAAUCGUGUUCUCACUUUGUGUAUCGUAUGUGAUGAUCAUCAAUCUCGAUAGCCAAGUGAAAUUCUUGGAAAGCCGUUUUUUAACAUUUUUCGGACACUUCAACUACAGCAUGUAUUUUUGUCAUUUAAUAUUUAUAAUACAAUCGGUGGCUUCAAAUAAAACACUAUCUCCGAUAAAUUCUUGGACAACGAUUCGCAACAUAUUAAGUGAUUACAUGAUAUCGUUUUUAGUCAGCAUACCGAUAGUUUUGUUAUGGGAAAUGCCCUGCUUGAGAUUACGCAAACAAUUAGAAGAUUAUGUUAAAAGAGAUAAAAAUGAAAAUGCGGCGUCCACGAGUGUCAGUACUCGUGAAAAGGAUAAAACAAAUUAACAGAUACGAAUCAGACAGAAAAGUCAAAACAGCCAUCAACCGUUAAAUGAUUAGGGCUGUAUUUUGAAAUCUAUUCGAAUAUGAUUGAUUUGUUUCAACACUCUUGGUGGUGGUUAAAAAAAAAAUAUUUAUAACCAUAAUCACAACAAAUAUUAUGAACAAAUGAUAAGUAAAAUUGUAAUGUUCUAUAAAACACACUUUAACUAGAUUGAAGUUUGACUUUAGUGCCUUUAAAAACUGUAGUAUAUAAUUUUAUUUAAAAAUAAAAAAUGGAAAAAAGAGGGGAAAAUAUAAGUGAA